AUGAAGAUCACCGUCCUAAUCUUCUUAUGUCUCCUUCCAUUCACAUUUGCUGACCUAAGAAUUGGCUUCUAUAGCUCUAGUUGUCCAAGUGCAGAGGCCAUUGUGCGUGAGGUUGUGCAAAGGCGUUUCAACAAGGAUAAGACUAUUGCUGCAGCCUUGCUUCGUAUGCACUUUCAUGAUUGCUUUGUUAGAGGUUGUGACGCAUCUAUAUUAAUAGAUUCAACUAGCAACAGGACAUCGGAGAAGGAUGCAGAACCAAACAAAUCAAUUCGUGGAUUUGAGGUCAUUGAUGAGGCCAAGGAAAUUUUAGAACAAGCUUGCCCCUCAAUAGUUUCAUGUGCAGAUAUCAUAACACUUGCAACAAGAGAUGCAGUGGCUCUAGCAGGGGGACCGAAAUACAAUGUCACCACAGGAAGAAGAGAUGGACUACGAUCUGAUCCUUCUGAAGUGAAGGUUCCUGCACCAUCAUUUUCUGUGUCUCGGGCUUUGCAAUCUUUCACUGCAAAAGGGUUGACAUUGAAUGAAAUGGUGACCCUUUUGGGAGGACACACGGUUGGUUUCACUCAUUGCAGUGUCUUUCGAGAAAGGCUUUCUAGCUUUCAAGGGAACCUUGAUCCUACAAUGGAUCCUGCUUUGGAUGCUAUGUUGGUGAAUAUAUGUGGGUCAUUCGCUAGUCCAGCAAGUGAUGAUCCCACUGUGUUUUUGGACUUAGAUACACCUUCUGUAUUUGACAAUCAAUUUUACAACCAAAUACUUCAGCAGAGAGGGAUACUUCAAAUCGAUCAACAAUUGGCUUUGGAUCCUUCCACAAGAGACAUAGUCAUGAAUUUUGCCGCAGAUAAUGCUAGCUUUCAUCAGAGCUUUGCAGAUGCUAUGAUAAAGAUGGGAAGCAUUGAUGUUUUGGUUGAAAAUGAUGGUGAGAUUAGAAACAAUUGCAGGGCUUUUAAUAUUCCUAUGUAG